AUGUACACACUAAAAAAUACGCUAAUUGUGUCCUCGCGGCCAGACGAGGGGAUACCGGGUACACCCAUACCGAGUCCCCCAAAACCGUACUGCAACAGCCCAGCCGACAACAUGACUACACAGGAAGAGUGGGAAGAGUGGGGUUCCGAACGCAUGUUUCGCGGGAUGCAUGACGAAGUUGUUCUCUUGAGCCAUCAGGGCGAUGUCAAGGUCCUCAAGUGUGACAAUGAGAUCAUUCUCAAGGUUGGAAGCAGAGUUCGUCCUUCUGAGGAAAUCGCUAUGCGCCUUGUGAAAGAGCAAACUGAUAUCCCUGUCCCGGAGAUCUUCCUUGCCGCUUAUGUUGGCAACGAAGGGCGACUGGCAAUGAGUAUCAUCCCCGGCGCUCCACUGACAGAAGCUUGGGAUAGUCUGCAUGAUACAACAAAAAAGGACAUAUGCACUGAAACUUGGUCAAUGAUCGAAAAACUUCGUCAGAUUGAAAAGCCUGCAGCGCUGCAACACCACUUCCUCUGUCUCGCCGAUGGUUCGCCCUGUACCAACGACCCCAUUGUGGCAGGAAUAUGCUGUGCAGACCCUCCACAUCCUCCUCUCCUGAAUAAUGAUGAUGUUCGCGCCCGCAUCUACGAAUGUUACUACGCAGCAAAUGGUCGAAAGUAUGGAAAAGAGUUGCUGAGCAUGCUUCCUCACUCUGAUAUCUCGGUUUUCUCGCAUGUAGACAUUGGACCGCACAACAUCAUGUUCGACAAAGAAUCACUUAAGAUAACUGGGAUUAUUGACUGGGAGAUGGCAGGGUGGUACCCGGAUUAUUGGGAGUAUUCCAGCGUCAUGAGACCUGCUAGGUGGAAAGAUUGGCAGAAAUGGAUGGAUUUGACAGCUCCAAAGAAAUAUGACCUGAGUGUCUCGAUGCAUUACUAUUUUGGGCAGCCAAAAUCGAUAGGUCCCCAGUGCUUGAGAACAUGCUGCUAUGGAAUCCACGACCGUGAUAUUGGGCGGCUAGCACCCGACGCGUACCCAGGGCAAGAGCAACCUCCUCAAGCAUGGGGCGGUUCGAAAAUAAAUACCGCCACGAUGUCGCCGAUUCUUGAUUUUGUUGAGACAGCUCCACUACUCAGGUAUCUGCCGGCCCAUCACGAGCUCCUCUCAAGUCGAAUCUCCACUAUGGACGGAUACAGCAUCAAGAGAGUUGGAUUAAGGGAGAUGGCGAUGAAAGGGGGGACAGCCGUACUCACACGCAAAAUCGGAGAAGAGGAGUGGUCGCCAUACACGUCGCCCGGCAAGGCUGAUAGCGGUACCAGUUUCUAUCUCGGAGUCGUUCGUCAGGAACAGCCAGACGCACAAGGCCAUCAUUGGUCCCUCUUUGUCGCAGAAGAAGAUUUCAACAUUCUGAGCUCCCGUACUUUCCGCGAUAUUCACCAAAUUGCAAAGCUUAACGAGCAGACUGUCCAACGUGUUGAAUAUUGGGCCACCCAAGAACCCCCCCCGCGCGCCCCAACUCAGGCUCAAGUCCGGGAAACCUGCCAGUCAUGGACUAUAAGAGUAGUUCGCAGGUUGAUUGCUGAAGAGAUUGUCGAACCAAAGUGGGAACAAGAAUUGGAGAACUUGAUCGACUCUCCCGUCUUGCUUGGCUUGCGUGGCCAUUAA